AUGGAGCGUGGCGGCAACUUCCGCAACGGCCGAGGCGGUCGAGGCUUUGGACGUGGACGUGGACGAGGUAGCGGACGAGUAGGACGUGGUAGAGGUAGAGGAAGUGGCGGCGGUGGUCGUGGCGGUCGAGGAAGUGGUUUUCAGUCGCAACGUCGGCACGAUGACCAGAGUUACGCGUCGUACCCUUCACCUCAACAUGUUCCUCCACAACAAGUGUAUCCGCCUCCACCACAAGGGUUUUCUCAGUAUCCACCACAAGAUCAGUAUCAGCAACAGUAUCAAGCACCUACUCUGUAUCAACAACAGGGGCACAGCGAUGAUAGAAGUGGAUACAAUGUUGCUCCUCCGUGUCCACCAUCUUUACGACCAGAUUUGUACCACCAGCCUGUUGAAACAUUCUCACAGUAUCCAACGCAACAAUUUCAACAAUUUUCGCAAUAUCAACAACCACAAUCACUUUCUCUUUCUCAUCAGUACAUCCAGUACCAUGAUGAGACUCGCGGGUAUUUAAACAAUCCACAAAUUUCAACUGUACCAGCUCCACGUCAAUCAAUUGAUUUUGCAGAUGCUGUUCAAGCACGACAACAAGCUUACGCUCCAGUACCUCGAGAGAAUGAUCAACAGUCAUUUUACCAAGAUUUAACUCAUCCUAUCCAGCCACAGGAUCCACGUACAAAUCGGCACCACAUUCAAUCUCAAGAUCAAACAUGGUAUCACUUUCAACAACCUCAUCCCUUACAAUUCAAUGGACCUCCAACAUAUGAUCAGAGGCUUAAACGGAAUACUAUACCCGUUCCACCUUCAUAUUCACAAGAUUCAACAUUUCAUUUUCAAGAUCGACGUCAAGAUUCUCAUGAUCCUAGCAAACAAUCAAAUCGACUUCCUCCACCAACGUACGUUUGUCAUAAUUGUAAUCAACCUGGUCAUUGGAAACAACAUUGUCCAUUAUUUGAAAAUGAAAAGAAUCAAGAAAAAGAGUUUUAUCAAUCGCGAUUAAAUCCCAAAAUCGAAAUUGAGCGAGGAUUUCCAUCACCGUUACCAGGACCAAAGCCUCAAGAUCCACGAAGACAUUUUGAAAAUUUGAACCUUUCAAGCCAACCACCUUUACCUGAAGGUCCUAUGCCACCAUUACCGACUCAUGCACAGCAGCUUCCUGAGAAUUACAAUCGACAAGAGUUUGAGGUUGGAAUGCAAGUGUGGAAGUGUGAAACAUGCGUCAAGAGUUUUAAUGUUGUAUCACAAUAUGAAGCACAUUUGAGUUUUCAUGUCACGUGUUCAAACUGUGAUUUUACAGCUUCAAAACGAGUCGUUGGGGCACAUUUUCAAACAGCUCAUGGACAAUAUGCUGGUCAAGGUUUAAAAGAGAUUGAAGUGGAAGGACAAAAGUUUAUGGUCUUAGUUGGGAAUUCGGCAGAAGAGAUAGCGAAAUGGCGAGAAGAACGACGAAAAAAUUGGCUUGCUAUGUCAAAAGAACCAAAGACAAAUCGAACAAAUACGUUUGGAACAGGCAAACGAAAAUUAUCAAUUUCAUCUGAUGAAGAUUUAGAAGAAGGUGAGAUUGAAGAGGAUGAAGAAGUCAAAGCAAAAAUUGUGCUUCAAACUGGUACCACAACAAGUGAAAGAGUUGUUGACGUGAGUCAACAAGAACCUUUUGUAAAAAAGUCACGCAAGAUCAUCUUGUGCAAGUAUUUUUCUCGUGGUCAAUGUCGUCUGAAUGAAAAGCAAUGCAAAUUUAGCCACGAUCGAUCAUUAUUUGGAUGUCGUGCAAUGAUGUAUAAAGGAUCGUGUAUAAAAGGGAUGUACUGUCCGUACUCUCAUGAUACAACAAUGAUAUUCGGACAGCUUGAACGUAAAAAAGAUCGAGUUAAAGAGCAACAGUGGCGUGGAGAACAAAAGUCAUUGCUGCGUAAAUUACUUGCAAAAGAUAUGCGUGUGGAACAGCGUAAAAUGCUGCAGAUUGUACAUUUUUUAGUUGCGAACGAGUUCUUUCGUACAAAUGAUGUAAAAGCUGAAGCCAGUGAAGCCAUUACACUGGAGACUGUAACGGACGAGGCUUCAGCUGAUGCUAAAGAAGAGUGUAGUAGUAGAGAAGUGGAGACAAAUGUGUUGUCGAUAGUAGAAUCAAGUGAUUGUGUAUCGCAAGAAGUUACGACGUUGCCAUGUUCGGACAACACCAACAGUACAAAUGGAGAAGGUACAGAAAUCAAAAGUCUUUUUGAUGCUGACGCUGGAGACUUUGAAGAGGUUGUGGCUGUGCCAGUAAAAAAGGUUGUAGAGGCAGCUCUUGAUUAUGUAGUAUCUGAAAUUGAGACUUGUUCGAAUUAA